UGUUUUCUUUUGGUUCUGCGAGUGUUUUUGAAUUGCGAUGAAGGUUUCUAAAUGCUUAUUUAUGAGUUGGGUGGGGUUGUUGGCGUGUAUUGGGUUGGUGGUUGGUGCGCCGGCGGCUCAACCUGCCAAGGCUGCCAAUGGGGAUUACACGUUUUCGGUUGGAGUGCAGUACACGGCAGGUCAGAUUGUUGAUUACCAGGGACUGCGGUACCGGGUUGUCGCCAACCACAUUAGUCAAGCGGAUUGGUACCCUGGUUGCUGUGCGGUGCUUUGGGAGCUUGUUGGUGCUUUGGAUGGUAGUUCCGCUGGAGGUGUUGUCGUCCCUGGUGGGGUCGUGUCCGGGACAACAGGAACUACAGUGCCACCGGGUACAGCUUGGUCUUCACGGACCUUUGCGCCGUAUGUUGAUAUUCUUCUUUGGCCGACUCUGGAUGUAUCUGCCGUGGCGCAGACGACUGGAGUGACGCAUUAUACCUUGGCCUUUGUGUUUGCGGAUACUGCCGGUAAUCCAGCAUGGGGGGGUGUUACGCCUGUCAGUAGCGGAUUCUAUUUGGAUAUUGUGUCCAAGUUGAGAGGGAUGGGAGGAGAUGUGAUUAUUUCUUUUGGAGGUGCCAUUGGCCAAGAGCUUGCGGCAGCCGUAGCAGACGUUGCCACCCUCCAAUCGAGAUACCAAGCUGUCAUCAACAAGUACCAACUCACCUGGGCCGAUUUUGACAUUGAAGGACCUUCCCUACUCGAUAAAGCAUCUGUUGAUAGACGUAACCAGGCGAUAGCAGGGCUUCAAAAGGCUAACCCAAAAUUGCUGGUUAGCUAUACCCUCCCUGUUUUGCCUAACGGUUUAACGGACGAUGGCGUCUACUUGUUGAAGAGUGCUGUAAAGUAUGGGGUUCGGGUUGAUGUCGUUAAUAUCAUGGCAAUGGAUUAUGGAUCCGGCGUCGCGCCUAAUGGUGCUACGGGUAUGGGCGGGUACGCCAUUUCGGCAGCCCAAGCAACCUACGCCCAAGCCCAAGCCGCCGGUCUCACGACUUCUAAAAUCGGAGUGACGCCAAUGAUUGGGCAAAAUGAUGUAGCAGGGGAAGUAUUCCGGUUAGAAGACGCCAAGCAGCUGGUUGAUUGGGCCAAAAGUGUCAGCUGGGUAGCCGAGAUUUCCAUGUGGAGUGUCAACCGUGAUACCUCUAAAGCUGGACCGCUGUAUGCUUCCAGUCAGUUAAAGCAGAAUGAUUACGAUUUUGUAAAGACGCUUGUUGCGUUUGAGGGUGGUGUGAUUGUUGGCGGUCAACCUGGCGCAUCAACGACUUGCCAGACGACAGCAGCAGCAACGACGGCAGUUGUUGUGCCGACACCGCCAACGACCCCUCCUCCAGCAGCAUCCGGAUGGGGCGCCAAAACAUUUGCUCCAUACGUGGAUGUACUGCUGUGGCCCACAUUGGACGUCUCGGCAGUCGCCCAAAAGACAGGUUCGCUGUACUACACUUUGGCAUUUAUCACGGCUGAUUCGGCCAAGAACCCCGCAUGGGGUGGGGUGACCAAAUGGUCAGAUAAAUUCUAUUUGGAUAUAUUGACAAAGUUGCGUGCUCUUGGUGGAGAUGCCAUUAUUUCUUUUGGAGGUGCUACGGGUACCGAACUAGCUCUGAGCGUCACGGACGCAACCCAAUUGCAAGCCAAAUACCAGUCUGUAAUUGAUACGUACCAGGUCACCUGGGUCGAUUUCGAUAUCGAGGGUGGUGCAUUGGGGAACAAGGCUUCUAUUGACCGCCGCAACCAAGCCAUUGCUGGUCUCCAAAAAGCUAAUCCAAAGCUUCUUGUGUCGUACACGCUACCCGUUCUUCCGACAGGCAUUACAGCCGACGGAGUCUACCUCUUACAAUCGGCGGUCAAGUACGGUGUCCGCGUUGACGUUGUCAACAUUAUGGCCAUGGACUAUGGCCCAGCAGCUGCACCUAACGGAGCAACCGGAAUGGGAGGAUAUGCCAUCCAAGCCGCUCAAGCAACGUACAUACAAGUUCAAUCCGCAGGUCUCAAAACGACAAAGAUUGGCGUGACACCCAUGAUUGGUCAAAAUGAUGUCCAAGGCGAGAUCUUUAGAACGGCAGAUGCAUCCCAGCUGCUGACGUGGGCCCAGCAAACAAUCUGGGUGGCCGAACUGGCCAUGUGGAGCAUCAACCGGGAUAACAGCGUCAAAGGACCCUUGUAUGCAUCAUCGCAGAUUACGCAGAAAGAUUACGAGUUUGCGGGUAUCUUUAAAGCGUUUAACGUCGCUGCUACAAAAACAGUUCAAGCGACCCAGGCUGCCACGUUGCCGCCGUUGAACUUGAAAGGUGGAAAGCCUCUAACGAGGAUUCAAGCUCGGGAAGCUGUUGAGCCCACCCAACGUGUUGAACGAGUCAAGGCUCGAGAAUGGACGUAUUAUCCGGUUCCCGAGGUACCAGAGCGUCCCGAAGAUCCAAAGGACCUCCCGGCUCCUGACCCAGAAUUGAUCUACACGCCGGAAAAGCGCGAACUGGCUGAUACUCCAGAGGUAGUGGGCUUUUGAAAGAUACCCUUGAGAUGUUACAGUGACACUUUUUAAGUGAAUGUGUGUGUGUGUUCGUGUGUGUGUGUAUAAUGUAUCGUCCAAAAAAACAGACAG